AUGACUUCUGACCAGGACACAAAGGUUGUCGCUGAACCACAGGUGCAGCAAGUACAAGAGGCCAAGGACAACGCUCAUUUGGAUUCCGCCAAGGUUUCGGACCUCAACCCCAAUGCCAAAGCAUGGGCCAACCGCAUGUUUAGCGUGGACCCCAGUGGCGGUGCCGACAACUCUGCUGCGACCCUGCGACCAUGGAAGGAUGGCCGCGAAAGCUCAACCCAGCCAGGCUACGAAGCCAGCGAAGAGGACGUCGCUUUCAAGGAGCCACUCAUAACCCCGCCCGAUGAGCCUCCACCGGCGCCGCUAAUGUCGGCCCAAGCUCCCGCCUCCGCCGUGCCCGUCACCCCAGAGCGCUCGGAGCCGGCCUACCCGGACUUCUCCGAGCAAGGGCCCACAGGUAGGCCAGGCAGCGAUCCCCAGCCUGAAAAUCCCCAGGAAAGUUUGAGGGAACACCUGAAGAAAGCCCUGGAGUUCUGCCUUUCCCGGGAGAACCUGGCCAGUGACAUUUACCUCAUCUCCCAAAUGGACAGCGACCAGUACGUGCCAAUUGUGACUGUAGCCAACCUGGAUCACAUCAAAAAACUCAGCUCGGACGUGGAGCUCAUCGUGGACAUUUUACGCUCUCUGCCGUUGGUCCAGGUGGAUGAGAAGGGAGAGAAGGUGCGACCCAACCAGAACCGCUGCAUUGUGAUCCUCAGAGAAGUUCCGGAGAGCACGCCCGUCGACGAGGUGGAGGCUCUUUUUAAAGGAGACAGUCUACCGAAGUUCAUCAACUGUGAAUUUGCCUACAACGACAACUGGUUCAUCACCUUUGAGUCAGAAGCGGACGCACAACAGGCAUAUCAGUACCUCCGUGAGGAAGUGAAAACCUUUCAAGGGAAGCCUAUCAAGGCAAGAAUAAAGGCAAAGGCAAUCGCUCUCAACACUUUUAUGCCAAAGAACGGUUACCGGCCAGUGGAGGUGAACCCGUAUGCGCAGCAGCGUUACACCGCGUCUUACUACAUUCCGCCGGUGUACAGCCCCCAGCAGCAGUUCCCCCUCUACAGCCUCAUCACGCCGCAGGCCUGGUCGGCCACGCACAGCUUCAUCGACCCCGCGCUGGUUGCUCCAUUUCACAACAACCAAUUUAUCAAUGGAUUUGCAUCGGCCAGUUUUAAACCAGCGACUACUCCCGUCACUGUAAGACACCACUCUCCCCGGACCAGCAAGCCUCACUUGAGGCCAGGGCUACCCACCGCCGAGCGCACGGGUCUCCUGGAGAGCCCCGGCCUGUUUCCAAGCUUCCCCAGCGACAGACUGAACGGCAUCCGCAGCAGCCCCCCCACGCGCUUCCCAACCAGCCAACCCAGAAGCAGGUUACCUGCCGCCUUUCCUCGCCGGGAGAUGGCGGGCACCGGGCGAGUGUCCGACUUUAGCACCGCCGACUACUCUACCCUGGGAAUGGGCAGAGGAAGGAAAAAGAGGGAUGAAAAGUUUACACGAGUGACACCUCAGUCGCCGCCACCGCCGCCACCUCCACCCAAAGCGCCGUCUCCGAGCUUUGAGUUGGGCAUGUCCAGCUUCCCCCCUUUGCCCGGAGCCGCCGGGCAUCUCAAAAGCGAGGACAUCUUUGACAACCGGCUGGUCAGCGGCGGCGUUCAUGCCACCCCGCCCGCCAAAGACAGAAAUGCAAGUGUGGACUCCAGUCCUGGAGUGACCCCCUCCUCAGUCGGCCCCAAAGAGCCUCUUCGGACACCCCCUUCUGCCUCGUCCUCUUCUAUGAUGCCCGUGAGCUACAUAUCUUCGCCUGCUACGCCCACCCCAGCGGCGGCCUCCACCUGGGUCCCCGCCAUGUGCUCGCCACCACCUCCCUCCCUCCCAGCCGAGGAAGCAAGGGUAUCGGAGGUAAAGCCCAAGGAGGUUCCGUUGUUUGUGGAGCGAGUUCCUGGGACUCUGUCUACAACCAGCAAGUCUGUGCAAGUGAACGGCGCCGCCACGGAGCAGAGGAAGCCUUCCUAUGCUGAGAUCUGCCAGCGGGCUAAGGAGCACCCCGGCCCGACGCAGCCUUCUGCCCCCAAGGAAGCCAAGCCGGCAGGCGCCGACCCAGCAGGCGAGGAGAAGAAAUGCCCCGACGGGGAGACGUGCCCGCCAUCAUCCAAGGGAAGACCCCCACGGGACGUCCGCCGACCGGCCGGCCGCUGGGCCUCACCGCCCCCGCCCAAGUCGCCGCUGUAG